CCCCGGCUGCCGCUCCCCGAACAGCCCCGGGAGCCGCUCCCCAAAUUUUCCCCCGGGACCUGCAUCCCAAAUCAACCCCAAAUUCUUUCCAAGGACCUGCGUCCCAAAUGAACCCCAAAUUCUCUCCAGGGCACUGCACCCCAAAUCAAUCUCGAAUUCUCUCCCGGGAUCUGCACCCCAAAUCAACCCCAAAUUGUCUCCCAGGACCUGCACCCCAAAUCAACCUCGAAUUCUCCCCUGGGACCUGCACCCCAAAUCAACCCCAAAUUCUCUCCCGCGAACUGUAUCCCAAAUUAACCUCAGUUUUUUUCCAGGGACCUGCACCCCAAACCAACCCCAGCUCCCACUGGAGCCGCGUCACCCCCGGGAGCCGCUCCCCAAAUCCCCCCCGGGACUGCGCCCCAAAUGAACCCCACCGGAGCCCCAUCCCAAAGGAUCCCUGCUCCCCGAACCAUCCCCUAUUCCCCCGGGAGCUGCAUCCCAAAUUAUCCCGGGAUAUCCCGGAGGAGCCGCCGUGCCCGGUGCCGGUGUAGGCGUUCCCUCGGUCACCUGGGGGCUGCAGCUGGAUCCUCACCCUGCUGCAGCUGCUGCUGCUCAAAGGACGAUUUGCAAUGUCAGGGUGUCAGGGCAGCUUUGCUUCCCAUCACAAAUUUGGGCUGCCGGCAGUGAUUUUCUAAAUAUAAAUAUAUAAUUAUUGUUAUUUUUUUUAAAUUUUUAUUUGCAGGCAAGCAAACCAAAGCUGCUUCUCCUCUGCUGCUGCUCUCGUUUGGGAUUUGAUUUGCAUCAUCUCCGUGCCCAUCAAAAGAAAUAAUUAAAAAAAAAGAGGAGAAGAGAGGAAAAAAAAAUAAAAAAGGGCAAAGCAAACCCACACAAAACAUGUGCGGAAGGACUUCCACUCCCUGGCUGUGCUAUUGAGGAUCAGGAAGAGCCUUUGGGGCUGCAGGAUCUCGCUAGGCUGAUGCUGCUGCUCAAGGAUUUGGUGCAGGGAGACAAAACUGCUGCCUCUUCCAUCCGCUGAUCUCAACAUCUGCAUUUUCCUGCUGCUGUGCUCCCUCUCACACCCUCUCUCCAUGGACUGAUUUUUUGAUUUUUUUCCCUUUUUGCGGGGGGGGGAGGGAAGGACGAGCAGAAAGCCAAGGCAUCGUGCUGAGAGGAGCGAAAAUUCCCUUUUAUAUCUCGCGUUCUGGUGGAUCUCUUUCGAGGUUAUUCAGCUUUUUGGGAAAGAAAACAUGACGUCGCCAGCAAAAUUCAAAAAGGAUAAGGAGAUCAUAGCUGAAUAUGACACUCAAGUUAAAGAGAUCCGUGCCCAGUUGGUAGAGCAGCUGAAAUGUCUUGACCAGCAGUGUGAGCUUCGGGUCCAGUUACUGCAGGACCUGCAGGAUUUCUUCCGCAAGAAGGCAGAGAUUGAGAUGGAUUACUCCAGGAAUUUGGAGAAGUUGGCUGAGAGAUUCCUGGCUAAAACUAGGAGCACCAAAGACCAGCAAUUCAAGAAGGACCAGAACGUGCUGUCCCCUGUGAACUGCUGGAACCUGCUGCUGAACCAGGUGAAGAGGGAGAGCAGGGACCACACCACCCUCAGUGACAUCUAUCUCAACAACAUCAUCCCGCGCUUCGUGCAGGUCAGCGAGGACUCGGGGCGCCUCUUCAAGAAGAGCAAGGAGGUGGGACUGCAGCUCCAGGAGGAUCUGAUGAAGGUUUUGAACGAGCUCUACACGGUAAAGCCAAACCCCCUCCUCUCCCCUGAGCCUGCCAAGCUCUGCCCAAAACCCCAAAAAAUCCCAUUUUCCCCCCAUUUUUGUGUUCUUUCAGCUGAGUUGGCUCCCCCCAGAUCCAAUCUCAGCUCCAAAACCCCACAAAUCCCAUUUAAGCUAUAUGAUUACAACCUGGUGGUAAAAUCUGCAUGGGCUUGCAGGCUGAGGUGCUCUGUGCAGACCGUGAGAGAUGUGCUGACAAAAACCCCACAACUCAUCCCCCAUUUACACAACUCCUGCCCUUUGGCAGCGUCCAGACUCCUGUUUUGGAGCUUCAUUCCCCUGGAAUUGUGUGCCUUCCCCUGGAAUUGUGUGCCUUCACCUGGAAUUGUGUGCCUUCCCCUGGAGUUGUGUGCCUUCACCUGGAGUUGUGUGCCUUCCCCUGGAGUUGUGUGCCUUCACCUGGAGUUGUGUGCCUUCACCUGGAAUUGUGUGCCUUCCCCUGGAAUUGUGUGCCUUCACCUGGAAUUGUGUGCCUUCCCCUGGAGUUGUGUGCCUUCACCUGGAGUUGUGUGCCUUCCCCUGGAGUUGUGUGCCUUCACCUGGAGUUGUGUGCCUUCCCCUGGAGUUGUGUGCCUUCACCUGGAAUUGUGUGUGUUUUUCCAGCAGUGCUGUGACCUGGGCUACCAUGCCAGCCUCAACAGAGCUCUGAGGACGUUCCUGUCGGCCGAGCUGAACCUGGAGCAGUCCAAGCACGAGGGCCUGGAUGCCAUUGAGAACGCUGUGGAGAACCUGGAUGCCAACAGUGACAAGCAGAGGCUGAUGGAGAUGUACAACAACGUCUUCUGCCCCCCCAUGAAGUUUGAGUUCCAGCCCCACAUGGGGGACAUGGAGUCUCAGCUCUGUGCCCAGCAGCCAGUCCAGAGUGAGCUGGUGCAGAGGUGCCAGCAGCUGCAGUCCCGCCUGUCCACGCUGAAGAUUGAAAAUGAAGAGGUGAAGAAGACCAUGGAGGCCACGCUGCAGACGAUCCAGGACAUUGUCACCAUCGAGGACUUUGAUGUCUCUGACUGCUUCCAGUACAGCAACUCCAUGGAGUCGGUGAAGUCCACGGUGUCGGAGACGUUCAUGAGCAAACCCAGCAUUGCCAAGAGGAGGGCAAACCAGCAGGAGACUGAGCAGUUCUACUUCACUAAAAUGAAGGAGUACCUGGAGGGCAGGAACCUGAUCACCAAGCUCCAGGCCAAGCACGACCUCCUGCAGAAGACCCUGGGAGAAAGUCAGCGGACGGACUGUGCCCUGGCCAGUGGCAGGCGCAGCUCCACUGUGAGGAAGCAGGAUUCCUGCCAGGCCAUUCCCAUGGUGGUGGAGAGCUGCAUCCGCUUCAUCAGCAGGCACGGUUUGCAGCACGAAGGAAUUUUCAGAGUGUCUGGGUCCCAGGUUGAAGUGAAUGACAUCAAGAAUGCCUUUGAGAGAGGGGAGGAUCCCUUGGCUGGGGACCAGAAUGACCACGACAUGGAUUCCAUAGCAGGAGUCCUCAAGCUCUAUUUCAGAGGCCUGGAGCACCCCCUGUUCCCCAAGGACAUCUUCCAUGACCUGAUUGCCUGUGUCACCAUGGACAAUUUGCAGGAGCGAGCGCUGCACGUCCGGAAGGUGCUGCUGAACCUGCCCAAGACCACCCUGAUUGUCAUGAGAUACCUCUUUGCAUUCCUCAAUCAUUUGUCUCAGUUCAGCGAGGAGAACAUGAUGGAUCCCUACAACCUGGCCAUCUGCUUCGGGCCCACGCUGAUGUCGGUGCCCGAGGGCCACGACCAGGUGUCCUGCCAGGCCCACGUCAAUGAGCUGAUCAAAACCAUCAUCAUCCAACACGAGAACAUCUUCCCAGGGCCCAGGGAGCUGGAGGGCCCAGUCUACAGCAGGGGUGGGAGCACAGAGGAUUACUGUGAAAGCCCCCAUGGAGAGAGAGCCCUGACAGAAGAUUCCGUGCAGGAUGUCACAGCUGAGCACCACACCAGUGAUGAUGAGUGCGAGCCCAUCGAGGCCAUUGCCAGGUUCGACUACGUGGGCAGGACGGCCCGGGAGCUGUCCUUCAAGAAGGGAGCGUCCCUGCUGCUCUACCAGCGCGCCUCCGACGACUGGUGGGAGGGACGGCACAACGGCGUGGACGGGCUCAUCCCGCACCAGUACAUCGUGGUGCAGGACACGGAGGAUGGCAUGUCGGAAAGGUCCAGCCCCAAGUCGGAGGUAGAAAUAAACUCUGAGCCACCCGAGGAGAAGGUGACAGCCAGAGCCGGUGCCAGCUGCCCCAGCGGGGGCCACGUCGCAGAUAUUUACCUUGCCAACAUCAACAAGCAAAGAAAGAAACCAGAGUCAGGCAGCAUCAGAAGAGCGUUCCGCCAAAGUGACAGCCACGGCCUAGGUAGUCCCCUGGCAGAACCAGCCUCCCCCGGGGCCAUAGCCGGUUCCAGGCCCUCAUCUCAGCCCAUAAUGAGCCAGAGCCUUCCCAAGGAGGUUCCAGACAAAUGCUCCAUCAGUGGCCACGGCAGCCUCAACUCCAUCAGCCGGCACUCGUCGCUCAAGAGCAGGAUGGAGAGCCCGCAGGUGCGCAAGGCGCUCGCCGCCGGCCGCUCCAAGAGCUUCAACAACCACCGGCCCAUGGACCCCGAGGUCAUCGCUCAGGACAUUGAAGCCACCAUGAACUCGGCCCUGAACGAGCUGCGGGAGCUGGAGCGGCAGAGCAGCGUCAAGCACGCGCCCGACGUCGUCCUGGACACGCUGGAGCCCCUGAAAACCUCGCCGGUGGUGGCCCCCACCUCGGAGCCCUCCAGCCCCCUGCACACCCAGCUCCUCAAGGACACCGAGCCCCCGUUCCAGCGCAGUGCCAGCACUGCUGGGGACAUCCCCUGCACCUUCAGGCCCGUCAAGUCCGUCAAGGUGGGCUCGCAGGUGAAGCCGCCGGCCACGCGGCCCAAGCCCGCCGUGUUCCCCAAAACCAGCGCCAGCACCCCCGGCGUGGCCUCCUCUGCAGCCCAGCAGCCCCCCGACAAGUCCUGUACUGUCUGAUGCACCCCCUGCUGCUCUCUGGGUACAAUCCUGCUGCUCCACACCGAGAGACUCUGGCACAGACCUUGAAAUUCUUAUUUAAUGAACGCUUGGAUUGAAGGGGAGCUGCCCGGAGCUCCUGGGCAGCCACAGCCUCGUCCCGUGUCCCCAGGACAGCUCCUGCCACGCUUGGGAAAUCCACAACCCACGAUCCACUGUGAAGCUGGGCAGGAAAACACCAAGGGAUGAGCUGGAUUUGGGUUUUGAUGCCUUGUUCAAGUGUUCGGCCGCUGGAAGGAACAUUUGGUGGUGUCCUGUUCUGGGAUACUGGUGUAGUGACUUCUGUAUUCUGUGUUUCAUUUACCACAGGGAAACAAUAGGAUAGAUUUUAGUCUAUUGCAUGUUUUGGUGCCACUGGUUACGUGGAGCUUGGACAUGCCUGUUUCUUGUGCAUUAUUAUUAUUAUAAUUAUAAUAAUUAUUAUUAUUAAUUAUUAUUCCGUCACCCGCUGGUGCCACGGUGGUUAAGGGUCUGUCUCGACUUCCAUCACAUCCUCUGGUUUUGUUUGUUUGCUCCUCAUUCCUCCCCCUCAGAGCCAGAGCCUUUGGCCAUCCAGCCUCAUGCUUUAUUUGUCAUGGAAAAAUCAGUUUACCCUGGAGCACUGGUAGAUUCUGUGGAGUUCUACGUGUCUGUGCAAAUAUAAACAAACGUGUUUUCCUGAGCUCUGGGAGCACAAGAAAGAGCCCAGUCGUUGCUUAUGGACAAUCCUCACUGCUUUCCUCCUUUGCUCUCCCAUAUUUAAAAGCAGCUUUAUUGUUUCCAGUGGCAUUUUCAGCCCGUGGGCUCUGAUGUGGUGUUUGACUGAAUGUAAAACAAAACAAACAAAAAAAGAUCAUUUUGAGAAGAAGCAUCCUCUGCUGGGAGCCCAUCCCCACCACACACCCUCUGCUGGUUUGCCUGCUCCUCAGGACAGAUCCUGACCCCAUCCCAGCACCAAGCACUGUCAAAUCUUCUCUCAGGAGUUCUCAGCUCCCUGCCUUGUCCCUGUCUGCUCUCAUAGAGCAGGGCAGGGAACGCUGCUGGGGACAGGGCUGGGACAGCACUCUGCAGUGCUGCUCCCUGCUCCCUGCAGGGCUGACCUGGGAAUGAAUCCUCUCCUCUUUGUAUUGAUCCCUAGCCAGCAGCACCCACGGACUCUUUUGUACUCCCCUGGGAAUUGCCCACAGUUGUUUAAUUUAAUAAUUAACAGGCUUGGUGCCACUUGGCAGUGGGCACUGGCUGGCCCUGAGCUCGCCUGGUCCCUCAGCUUUUCCAGGAUCCCAAACCAGCUGCACCUCUUAGGCUUCCAUCAAACAAUGGAUUCAGGACAAGAUGAGAGAAAGUCGUUUUUUCUCACCCAUUUAAGCUGAGUUUCCUUGCAGCUUGUGAGUUCCUGGUGACUGCAGAGUCCCUUCAAUUGGCACUUCAGCGAAGCAGCAGAGAAGAGUUGCUGAAAUGUCCUUUUCUCCCUCAUUUGGGAUGACACUUGGGAAGAUGGAGCAGGGUCUUGCUGCAUCCCUGUCCAUGCCCACACGCACAACCCCCUUUCUGCAGCAGCAAUCAGCCCAGAAUGGAUGGCUUUGCAAACAUCCAACUCCCUCUGGGCCCCGAGUGAAGGAGCUGGGGAGCCCUGGAAGGGUUUGCUGAGAGCUCUCCCCACUCCCCACCUGCCCUCAGCUGUCCUGGGGGAGCCCCACGGUACGAGUGUGACUGUCCCCACCCCUCCAGGAGAUGCCACCAGUGCCACCUUUGCUCUCAGGUUCUGAUGGACUUCCACCACCAAGGAAUCACUUGUUCUUUUGGAGAAAAAGAAAAUAAAUGGAAUGAUCAAACUUGUGAUUUUUUUGCUCAGGCAGAACUUUCUGGCAUUUCCUUUUUUGUAAGAAUUUUUGGGUUUUUUGAUUUCUUCUUUUUUUUUUUAAUUUUGGUCUCAAAUGACCAAAUGAUCUGUGUCAAGAGCAGGAUCUCUGUAAAUUGACUUUGCCUCAUUUUAAUGCCUUAUUUUCUUUUUUAUAUUUUUAUGCCUAGCAUUCAAUAUUCCUAAGAAUAAGUGUUCAGCCACGCACAGCACAUUGGAGGAGCUGCUCUUUUCCAGCUUCAAGGUCUGAAGUGUGGAAUUAGAUGGAAAACAAAACAAAAAAAAAAUUAAAAAAACCUUCAGGUUACUGUAACAGCAACUGUCUGUAUCUGAAUUAUUACUGUGCUUCUCUGGCAUCCACAGCUCUGGGACAAUCCUGCUGCCAGGGCAAGGGGCUGGCAGGAUCACCUGGAUUUGGAGCAACUCAACUGGAAUUCUGGUGUGCACUGUGAUUGACACAAGCAAUAGGACAGGCUGGAGCUCCUCCUUCCUCUUCCUCGGGUGGAAAAAUCCCACGCUGAGGGGAUGAGACAGGAAAAUCCCACAGGAAAUCAUGGAAAAAAAGGGGAUUUUCAGCUUGUCCUGCUCACUCUGAACACACAGGGCUGGGAGGACGUUUGCCACGGGUGUUUUGUGGGCUGCUGGAAAGGUGGGAAGGAGGAACUGGAAAUGUUCCCUCCCUGAGGACAGGACUGACUCAGUGGUUUGCUUGGGGAGGUACCAAUGUCACUCCACAUCUUCAUAGCCCGAAGAAAUUUUCGCUCUUCCAAGGAAAUUCCUCUUUUCGUGACUUUUCCUGUUAAAUUUGUGUGGAAUCUGAAGACAAAAGAAGUGUUUGAUAACUGGAAUAACGUCUGUCUGUUGGAUAGUGCUUUGUAUGAACCUUGUUCAGCAGGUGUUGGAUUGAAAUAAUCCAAAGCAAAAACUAAAAAAAAAACAAAAAAAAAUCAAAAAAACUUUAAAAAUCUAAAAACUUUUAAAUGAAACACGGUUUUAGGUGAUCAAUCUGAAUGGUUUCUGAAGCUCAGACCUUUUCUGGGUUAUUUCCCUACUUGGGAAUGGAGCAGUGUGCUUUAACCAUUGCUUAAUUUCUGCCUCUCUGAGGUUGUCCAAAGUUGAUGAGUUGUAAAUUUGUCCUUCAUGUCCGAGCAGUGGGACACGAUCAAACCCUCUCUGUUUUAUCUGGUAUUUUAUUGCAACAAAAAUGAGUAAAUAAUUAGAGUGCACUGUGACAGCAGAACAAAAAAACAAAAAAAAAGUUGUUGUACAUGUCUGUAUUUUGAUACCUGUUCAGAAGGAGUCUUUGGGUUUCCUGUGCUGAAUACCUCAUGUGUUGGGUUUUGGGAGUUUUUGUUGAUUUUUUUUUUCUUUUUAGGGUUUUUUUUUAUUUCUUUCUUUCUUUUUUAAGGCAAGAUUGUUCUUGCACAAAAGUAGGUUAAGAUAACCGAGUUCUCAUAAAUUUAUUUACUGAAUUGAAACACUUCAGCUUGGCAAGAAAUCCCAUCUGCUGUGGUUCCCCACCCUGCACUUGGAGGAGCUCCAGCAAUCCUGGGACAGGAGAAGUUCACUGCAGGUGGAGUUUGCUGCCUUAUUGCUCUUCUUCUCCGUGUCAAAAACCUCAGACUCGGUGGUUUGGGGAUUUUUGGAGCUUUUGGGAGAUGUUCUGCUGCAAAAAUCAACGUCUGUGGUUCUCAGCCCUGCAGAUCCUUCCCGGGGUGUGGGAAUGCUCCCGUGGUGGGAUCUGUGUGGAGGGGACAGUGGCAGGAGGUGAUGCCAUCAGGGAGGAUGGGAACCACCCCAGAAAUCCCCGUGGAGCUGGAUGGAUUCCAUGGGAGGCUGAGCUCAGCCCUGAGCACAGGAGGGAGAGGGAGGAGGUGCCCCUGUCCCCCCAGGUGUGGCACUGGUGAGGGGCACCUGUGCUUGGCAGGACCAAGCCCUGGGUGCAGGGGGAUGUGCCCCAAGGUGCAAACACCCUGAACUGCCCUGGGUAGGGAACUGCUUCAAAAACUGCUUCCAAACCCAGGGAGAGCAGGAGCACUGGGGCAUUUCCAUUGCCUCUGGAACAGAACAGGAAAUCGAGCUGAACAAGCUGGGGAUUUAUUUAUUUGCAGAUUUUUUAGCUUUCACAAAAAAACCCAGCCCUUUUUUGGGCUUCUCUGGCCUUGGCUAAUGCCCCACAGAGGCAGCUGGGGACACAGAGCUGUUCCUGUAGUGGGCUGGUGGCACAGGAGGUGGGAAGGAGGGACCAGCUCUGGGGGCUCACCAAGCACUUCAUGGACUGAACUCUGGGGUUUGAGCUCCUUCCACAUCGGCUCCCUGCCUGUCUCUGUGUCUGUCUGACAACCUGGUACUUGAAAAUAAGAAAUAAAACCAGAAAUACUUGACCCUCUGCCUGUGGGGUCGGGGUGGCCCCGGCUGCACAAAUGGUCCCACCACAAGGCAGAGGAAUUCUUUUCCAGGCUGUUCCAGCAGCAAACCAUCUCUUUGGGUGGCUCUGGAGAUGCCAAAACAGCAGCUCAAAGCCUGGAAGUUUUGGUUUUUUGUUGGUUUGGCUUUGGUUGGGUUUUUUUUUUUCCUCCCUGUUGAAUUUUGUGCUUCCUCUAAGGUAGUUUGGGACGAAAGAGUUUCUCAAGGAUGGGCCAAAAAGAGGGGAAGGUGGAGAGGGCAGGCAGCUCAUUCUUGAUCUGCCCAGCCUCACACAGGGUAAAUCCUCAGCAGCUGCAGUGGGAUUGGGAGGUGGGUCUGUCCUUCCUGGGGCACUGCAGUCACCUGAAGUGACUUCACCAGCCUUUCCUCCAGGCACAGCCCUGAGGUGAGAGAAAACCCAAGCCUGGCUUGGACUCUGAGUGUGCCAAACUGCUGGAGCAAUACUCGUCAGCAGCAGCUUCUCUGAAAGCCCAGCUGGAUGUAGCUCAAACAGGGCAAUUGCUGAAAUCCAUCUCUGAUUCCCAGUGCUCCUGCUGGGAAAGCAGGAAAAUCGGGCUGCAGGGUGCAGGAGUUGUGUUUUUCUGUCUGAACCUGGGGUUGCCAGCAGCAGUUGUUCUCCUGGUGGGAUGGAAUGUUCUUGCUGAAACAAGUCUCCACUGUCUCAUGUCUUCUACACCAAUAUAUAUAUGGUGUAUAUAUUAAACUGUGUAAAAUUGGACUUUGUACAUAGAGCUCUGUACAAUAUGGAGGUACAGCCUUUUUUUGGUUUGGUUUUUUUUUUUCCCCCACUCCCUUUUGGUACAGUCUUGUACAGUAUUAGGAGUCGAUGUGUUGGAAGUGUUGAAUCCAUCCUGGGGCAACAAAAUGUAUCCAUUGUCAUUAGCAAUAGUUUUGGAGAAAUAAAUGUUUUGGGUAUGGUGGAAACACUGA